AUGGGCUCUCCAUUAGAAGGAUGUGUGGCCUCGCUACGCAAUAGUAUGCAACUACUGGAUUCAUCCAUCAACAUAUUGGACGACGGCGUCAGCGACCUUCCUCGGCUGGCAAAAGUGCUGCAAACAACACGACACUUUGAACUCAUUUCCGAGUCGGACCUUCAAACGGCGCAAGCAGGACUCCUCUCAGAAAUACGCCCAGAAAUUGACAAUCUUCUCAAGCGUGUAGAGAACUACGUGGACAAACUCGAGCGUCGCGAACAAGCUCUUAUAGCCAAAUGUGACCUGAAUGACGGACGACUUGGACGAGACAGCAAUGGCGGUUCAGGAUCCAGGCCAGCGAGCAGGAGUACGCAGAGAAAUGGAGGCAAGGCUAUAAGUGCGCAACAAGAGUUACGGUUCAAGGCAUUAAGAGCAAAGAAAGACAGACUCAGUUAUGCAGUAGAGACGCUCGAGCUUCAGGCGAAGCAACGAGAGAGGCAGCUGAGGAUGAGUAUGGCAGCGCCACAGCAACUAUAUGAUGACUGA